AUGGAGGACGAUCGCAUCAUAAAGAGCGCGUGGACGCCCGAGGAGGAUGAAAUGUUACGCGAACAGAUCGAACGAUUGGGUGGACCGGGUAACUGGACCGCGAUCGCGGAGGCGCUCCCGGGACGAUCGAGCAAGUCUUGCCGUUUGCGUUGGUGCAACCAACUCAACCCGAACGUCAAGCGCGGGCCGUUCACGCCGGAGGAGGAUAACACCAUCCUGAUGCAGCACGCGAUUCACGGGAACAAGUGGGCGGUAAUCUCACGUUAUAUGCCGGGUAGAACGGACAAUCAAGUGAAGAACCGAUUCAACUCGACGCUCCGAAGACUGAUUGCGAGCCAGAAGAAGGAGGGCGGCGGCGCGACUUCGAUGCAGAGCGGAUCCGGGUCGGCGCCGGCGUCUCCCAGAGGCAAGGCACCUUCUCGUCCGCAAUCGCGAUUGGGCGAUGCGAACGCUCCGAUGACACCAAGUCGCUCGAAGCGCGAACGAUCGCUCUCUCCAGGCGAGACGGUGGACCAAGCAGGCGGUUCACCAAAGCGUUCUCGAUCGAGCGCCGAGGCAAGCAAGCUCAGCGAGAGGCGUAGUGGGGACCGCAGCAGCGGAGACUCCCGAUUAGACAACGUGCGUAAAGCUGGUGAAUCUUCCGCUACGGAGCGUCAAGGAUUGGACAACCUCAUUCAAGCGUCACUCAUGGAGCUCAAGCGCCUGAAGGAUAUCAAGGGCGAGAUUCACGAGUGGGGAGCGAUGCCGUACGGCGCGGUGCGUGAUUGCGGCACCCCGGAACCCGUGCGCUCCGAACCGGACGACGGCGUCGUGCCGACGUUGCAGAAGCCACAGCCAAAGCGGGGAGGCUUCUCCGUCAGUGCAGCGUCGGACAUGUAUGACUGGCGCUCGCACUCGCCAGCGCUCAGCGCCACGUUCUUGGCUGGCUUGAAACGAGUCGAUUCACUGGCGAGCCUCAACGAGGACGAGAAAGCACCGUCCCGUCCCGUCAGCGCUAUGGGCGCGCACAUGAUGACCGCUUCCAACAUGCUCGAAUCCGAUGGUUGGUACGCUCGCAUGCUUGACAACCUGGGCAAGCGCAAGGGUGACAACACCGAGGUGUCGUCCAAGUCUGUCGCCGUGGUGAACACGGAAUCUUUCGUCAAACCCGUCCAAAUCGGCGCCGAGGCGGCGUGA